UAGCGGCAAAACAAACAAGUUUUGAAAUUUGGAAACAGGCAAACAGGAACCGAAGAGAGAGAGAGAAAAAAUUAAAUAAUGGGGUCACUUCCCGUGGACGACAGAGACCUCGACGACGCCACAUUGUGGGCAGUCAUCGACUCUGCCGCAGCCGCUGCCUCUUCUACAACCCCUAAUUUCAAAUCUCCACCUAAACCUCGACUUCUCAAUUCCUCUUUCUCGCCUCCUCCUCCUCCAAAUUACGCCAUCAAAGACAAAUUUAGGGUUUCAUCUCAUGAUCAUCAUCAUCGCCCCCAAAAAAUCUCCAAAUCAUCAUCUUCUUGUGUUUCUGCUACCAGUGAGAGUAGUCCUGAUUUGAUGAUUUCCAAGCAUUUUCCUUCUAAUCAGCUCUAUUCUUCUCCUCAAUUGAACAAUUCUCCUCAUAUUGAGUAUAGAGUUUGCGAAGAUAAGGAGAGUUUCACGCAUUGUUUGGCUGGUCGCUUUCCUACUGUUUCUCUUUUUAAGGACUAUCAAGAUAUAGCUAUGUCGCUUCUUGAGAAGUCGGAUUAUACUAUUAUAUCUGGAAAUCCUUUUAUCAAAAAGUCGGGUUGGAGGAAGAUAGCAUUUUACUUCAAUGUCUCAUUUGAAAUAAGGGAUAAGACAAUUGAAUACGAUGACAACCGUAACGUUCAGCGUGCUGAAUUUGUUGCCCGUGCAUAUAUGCAGGGAGGUAGGUUUUCCGAUGGGUGGGGCUCCUGUGAGCGGCGGGAGAAGAAGUUUAUGAAACCCAAUAAUGACAUACCCAGCACAGCAGAAACCAGAGCCAAAAAUAAGGCUUGCCAGGAUUUAAUAGGAAUUGGGCAUUAUAGGCCUAGUGUAAGCCAUACCCCUUCUCCCCGAUAACCGUAUCUCAUACAUCAAGCUACUUAUUCCUGCAAUUUACUAAUAUAGGAGGCUGUUACUAAUUGUGUGUUAUAACCGGUGAAAAGGGCCUCAAAUUCUCCUCUACCUAUUUUGGGGGCCACUGCAGUGUGCAGGAAAUGACCGAAGCAAUGUGAAGAUAUACAAUGUUGUCCGAUGUAAGUGUAACGAAACAAGUAAACAACCCAAUGGAAACUUCCACAUUAUCGGAAAAUGUAUGAAGUUCUUUCUUUUUGUUAUACUACAAUGCUCUUCAUUGGAGACUGGAAAGUCGCUGCAUGAAAAUAUUAGAAAGUCCCAAUGGAAGGUCAACAUAAGGGUAUCCACCAUCAAUAUAAUAGAUUGAUACAUGGAUAUCUACAUGCCGUGCUCAUUGACCAUAGUAGCCUUGGCAUGUUGAUUUAGUUCAUAUUUGUCUUUUCUUAACCGUAAAAUGCUCCAAGGGUAGAAUAGGGAUUCCACUUUUUUCUUUUCGAUAUCUAAAUUCUAGCUAUUUAGCUUUAUUUGAAUAGUCUGGCAGCAUCGACGUAAUUUUUGUGAUGCAGACGACGGUGUAGGUCUUUUUUUUUUAUAUCUGAAGUUGUACUUUCGUGUAGAAAAGUAAUUUUAUGUCAAUAUCGAGCAAUUUUAACGGUGUA